CGCAAAUCCCCGGCCCGAGCUCCCGUUCCAAGAUCCAUCUCAUCACUCACCACACACAUCUACAGUACGAAGAAGACGCCCUGGCUGUCUGGAGUGAACCGUUCGUUUUCAUUGUUCUAUCACCCGUUGUUUAGGUUUUCGAUGCGGAACCUCAGUAGCGCUUCAACGGGCAGAUUGACAUGCAAUGACAGCCCAUAGGAGGAAAACGUGGGCGAUGUUUCUUGCGGGAAUCCUUACAGACAUCGGUUCUCCCCUUUACAUUCUUUCGUUCAUCCCUAUUUUCAGCCACUUAUUACUACAACACCCAAAACUCUUCAUCCCUGCUCACGGGCCAAUAUGUACCCUUUGCAGCGCCCAAGUCUCGGAUCACAUCUCGUCAUGCGUUGUGACUUGCACCGAUGGGUCAGAUGACCUCGACGCAGUGACUGCUAGAAGGGCGUGGCUCAAUUGGCCCACCCGGCUAUCGGUCAACUUACAAGCCAUUUUGCGUGUCUUCAUUUCGGCAGACCACUACCGUCCGUAGGAUUUCAGGGCCGAUGGCCGCUGGUGGCACCCAACUUAUCACAGUCCUGUGGAUGGUUUACGUUUGCACUGACGGAAACAGCCAUUCGAUGGAAUGGUCUAGCCGCGAGACUGACUGCC